UUCCGCCUGUGCCACGAGCAGCCGAGCCAGCCCGCGACCAAUAGGCUCUCAGGAUCAGCACACAUACAGUACACAAACACACAGACACGCACACACACUCCGACAGACAGGCAGAGAGAGACACACACACACACACACACACACACACCCUUGACACCCCCCGAAAGUUCCCUUCAUGUCUUUCCACGAGCUACCUGCUCGGGCAAGGUGUGCAGCAGCGGCGACAUUCCCGGGCAACAUUCCAAACCGGGCAACAUUCCACACACCGGCCCGGGCGCCGCCGCGGCGCGAGCCCCGUGCAGCCCAGCCCCCCGCCCGCGCCCCGCGCCAGCACCAGCACCAGCACCAGCACCGGUCCCUGGCUCCCGCCAGCGCCUCGCACUAGGAGAUCACCAGCUCUCGCCACCGGUCCCUGGCUCCCGCCAGCACCGGGCUCCCUCCAACGCUUCGCACCGGCACCGGGCGCCCGCCGGCAGAGCGCCACCGCUGCAAGAUGAUGAUGAUGAUGUCGAUGAACGGGAAGCAGGCGUUCGGCAUGCCGCCGCCGCCGCCGCCGCACUCGUCCAACCUGCCCGAGCACAAGUACUCGAGCCUGCACACGUCCUCUGCUUCCAACUCAUCGUCCACUCAAUCCGGCAGCAGCAGCACAGAGGCGAUGUGCCGAGCGUGUCUCCCAACCCCAUCGAGCAAUAUAUUCGGCGGGCUGGAUGAAAGUUUGGUGGCCCGCGCCGAAGCUCUUGCGGCUGUGGACAUUGUACCGCAGAGCACCAAGAGCCACCCGUACAAGCCGGACGCCACCUACCACACCAUGAACAGCAUCCCGUGCACCUCCAGCUCUUCCUCCGGCCCCAUCUCUCACCCUUCCGCGCUGGGCUCGCACCAGCACCACCACCACCACCAUCACCACCACCACCAACAGCAGCAGCAACAGCAGCAGCAGCACCACCACCAGCAGCAGCAGCAGCAGCCGCCGCCUCACCCGAGCCUGGAGGGCGAGCUGCUGGAGCACCUGGCCCCGGGCCUGGGGCUGGGCGGCAUGUCGGCCCCCGACGGCAGCGUGGUGUCCCCGCCGGCGGCACCGCCUCACCUGAGCGGCCUGGCCCACAUGCACCAGGCCAUGAGCAUGGCGGGCCACGGGCUGGCCGCGUCGCACGGCGCCCUGGGCUGCAUGGGCGAAGUGGACGCCGACCCCCGCGACCUGGAGGCGUUCGCCGAGCGCUUCAAGCAGCGGCGGAUCAAGCUCGGCGUGACCCAGGCCGACGUGGGCUCGGCGCUCGCCAACUUGAAGAUCCCGGGCGUGGGCUCGCUCAGCCAGAGCACCAUCUGCCGCUUCGAGUCGCUGACGCUGUCUCACAACAACAUGAUCGCGCUGAAGCCCAUCCUGCAGGCGUGGCUGGAAGAGGCCGAGAAGUCUCACCGCGACAAACUCAACAAGCCCGAGCUCUUCAACGGCGCCGACAAGAAGCGGAAGCGCACGUCCAUCGCCGCGCCCGAGAAGCGAUCCCUCGAAGCCUACUUCGCCAUCCAGCCCAGGCCGUCGUCCGAGAAAAUCGCCGCCAUCGCCGAGAAACUCGACCUGAAGAAGAACGUGGUCCGGGUCUGGUUUUGCAACCAGAGACAGAAACAGAAACGGAUGAAAUACUCCGCGGGCCAUUAGUGCCAUCUCCUCCCCGGGGCAGGAGAGAGCGAGAAAGGCGGACUGCAACUCCUCUCGCCCGUCCUCGGUCAACCGCACUGCCUGAGUCUGUCAGGACCUUGCCGUGGGCCGCCAACAAGUAAGACAGGUUUUGGUUUGUUUUGUCUAAUGCCACCCACUGCCACCGAAAGAGGACACAUCAAAACCCCGACUGUCACUUGGUGCGAGCCGACAGUUGCAGUUUACAAAUCAACAAAUGACAUCAUUGUUUAUAAAUCGUUUACACAAGGACCCGCUGGUUUGAAAUUACAGUGUAUCGCGAAUUGCUGUGUAGUUUAUCUGAGGAUUAUGUUUUGGGUUGCAUUCGUUUUUGUUUCCUCGUCCAAACAUCACCUCUUGCACAACUAUUCCCCCUCUGCGCCCCGCACAGACACAUGCAGGAGGUUCAGCUCCAGUAAGUGCAGCACUUGUAGCUGACCAUUUGAUGGACCGUCCCGUGUAAUCUCCAGCUAUUGAUUGCUUGAGGUAUGGCCCCCAAUACUCUGCCCACCGAGCUCUGCUGUCAUCGCAGGAGCCCACUAUUUUGUCUCCGCUUUAUUUGGAAGUCAUAACUCUGUUAAGCAAUCACCAACCUCCCGCUUACAGCUACCGUUUCAUUAGAAACCUGUGGGUGAUGGCCCGAUUUUUCUUCCAAAUUUCGCUUUGAAACCCCAUUCACCGCCCCCGCCUCCCCUCCCCUCCCAGCAUGGACGGAAAUAGCUGCUAAGAACAAGCUCGAAGCCUCUCCCUCUGUCUGAAGGCUAUUAUUAGAUUACUGCCAAAACAGCCUGAGCUUGAAUUAUUCAUUCACACCGUCUACAAAGUUAAUUUCGUGUUCACUCGAAUUAAUUCCGCCUGUUUAAUUCAAGUUGUGAUAACAGCAGGGCAAAUAAAAGGAUUAUUAAAUUAUUUAAUAUUUAAUACAGUAUGUUGGUUGAUAGAAUAUAAGAAAGAAAGUGGUCGGGAAAAAUAGGCGGCGAUUUUUUAAAGAAAAUAUGUUUGAGCAGACCGUGGAUAGCGUUUUCUAUAUAAAAAAAACAAUUGCAUACGAUUCACCCGGUAUAUAUGUGUAUGAAUAUCAAAAUAUGAUUUCAUUAAAUGUUGGUCUGGCAUAAAUUCUGCCACAGCGCACAAAAUGGGUUAAUACAGCGGCUGUAAAGAAUUUAAUCUUUGAAAGCUAAUCUAUGUCGACCGACUAUUAAAAAUGCAACUUAGUUGCAACUGUCUUGGGUCUGUUUUGAUUUUGAAUGAAGUUUAUUUUUACUCAAAUGCUUUGUUGCUCUAGUGGGGGUGAAAGAUUGUAGAGGUGCAUUUAUCAAUGUUGAAAGAAAGCUGCACAAUUCAAUGAAAAUUAACGUUUGAUGCACUGUAAUACCUUGUUGUUUGGUACUGGCCUAUCUUUUUAAAAUAUUAAAAGAAAGGUACAUGGGACUGUACCUGUAUAUUGUAAAUAUCAUUCAGUGGACGAUGCACAUAUAGAUAUAUUCUUACAGAUUUUGACGUGUUGCAGUUAUAGCAUAAACAUUUUUACGUGACAAGCGCACGGUUUCUGUAUGGUAUUUGGUCCCUUAAACAUUAUGUUCCUUUGUUUGUUUGUUCUAGAGCGAUUUACCAGUUUAUUUAUUGGUGUGAUUUAAUGUUAAUUUAUUGACAUUCUGGUUAUUAAAAUGAUUCAUUUCAUUCUGCAAAUCCCUUUAACAUUCUUUCGAAGUUGAAUCCUUUUAGUAGAAUAUGACUUAUAUGUUGUAUGUUUUCAUUGCAGUCGUGUUCUUGGGUAUUUGUUUAACUAUCUCUUUUAUUGUAGGUAGUUUUUUAUCAGGAUGGGUUUUUACUUCUUAGCAUGUAAACAUCGUGUUUUUGAAUUGAAACCCAUCGGCUCCUAACCUAAAAAAUACAGCUUUCAUAAACUCAAACAAAAUCAUUGUACGUUUUACUUUACUUUAUCAUGUAAGAUUAUGCACAUCUUUAAAAUAAAAGGUAAUCUAUUGACUUCAUUGUUGAUCUUUAUUAUUAAAUGACCCAACGCUAAAGGUUUACAAUAAAUCCUAUAUGUGGUUUCAUUCGCUAUAAUGCGGUUUUAAUCUGAACAUAAACAUAUUUUUAUAACCUGUAAAAAAACGCUUAAAAGGUCGAACUGAAACUAUUGGUUGGACUAAAAACAACGGUUCCUACUAUUUUACAAAUAUCGAAUGAACGCGUCUUAUAGUGCUGUUUUGCGGCGUGGUGAAGGAAACAUGAUUCUGUUGCUAAUGCUUUAGCACUUAAUGCCUGUAUUGCCAGUAACGGGUAAAAGGUACCUCGGAGAGAUUGCAAAUAUUCUAUUAGACUCCAAUCAGAGAGUCUGUGGAGACUAGGAUUUGUCCCAGGAGCUCAAGGCUGCCAGAUGUCAAAGCUCGGCGCUCUCACACUGUCAGCCAGGAGUCUGUACCAGGGUAUACAUAUAACCUGUUUUGAGGUCCAUCUAUUGUACCGCGAUCGUAUAAUAAAACUAGUGAAAACAAACAAAAAUAAAACUAGUGUAUGGAUUUUUAUGCAAUUUGAAUCAUUUAAAUGUGGCAAUUUGUCAGAGCCGUAUCCGGAGACUAGGGAAUCAAUGCCACCGAGAGUCGGCUUCCAAACGCUUUGAGUUUGUCUUAACUAAAAAAAGCAACGUAAUUCUCCCAAAUCAAACAACCCGUAACAUUUUCAGUGGGCAAACUGUGAGAUUAUAUUUUUGAAUACUGAGCUCCAUUUACACUUAUCCGAUGUGUAGAUUACAUUUUGCAGAAAUAAGGCUUUUGUUUUUAUUGUUGGCAAUUCAUCGUAGCUGUUUAUGGGAAUAGAGGUUCUAUUAAUAAUAUCACUCUUCAUGUUGGAUGCUUUCAAAUAAUACCGAAUGAUAAUUGGAUUGGUGCGUUCAGUUCGGAAUUACUUUAUUUACCCUUUAUUCCCCUGUAGACUAAUUAAACAUUGAACUACACCAAAGCACUGAAUUCCCCACAGCAAGACUGUUGGUACCUGUAAAUCUAUUAUCUUCAUAGAAUUAGGAGACACAAAUGAGUCCCCAUUAUUAAAGACUUAGCAGCUUUCUGCAAGUGAUAGGUUUAAACAUAUAUAUAUAUGUUGGAUGGAGCGUUAAAGUAGUUCUUUGAGCGACAGCAGAAUUGACCAGAGGCUUAACGGAUAGUGAACGAGUGCAGGGAGGCGGUCCCCAAUGUCAAUAUUAUUUCAAUUGGAAUGUGCCUUAGAAGAUUCUUAGAAUGGAUGUUCCUCAUGCCAAUAGACGAUGCUGUAGCAUAUCCCUUCCUUUUUGUUAAGCAAACAUCACCAGACCCUUAACACGGGAAGCAGUGCAUAUUUACCAGAUUGCUUUGUGAGUUUCUCCAAUCAGAGUAUUUACAUGUCAGCCAAAGUUUUAUUGCUCAGUGACCCCUAUUACUUGAUCUUGAUCAUCGAGUCUUUAAUGGAUCUGGUGAAACACAAGUGUAAACAGUCAUAUAUUAUUUCACAACCUCUCGAAAAUGUUGUAUUUAAUUUC